UUAAAUGAACCGUUUGCAACCCUGAAUAAAUAUAGAUAUCGUGAAAUAAACGAGAUCGUUGAUAAUUACGUCAUUUUAAUUGAUUAUUAAAAUACAUUCGAUUGGUUAUAAUGUUCAGAUAAUGAUAUCUUCAUUCCCGUCAUACGACGAAGAGCUUUUAAAUAGCGCCUAUGCGAACAUUAGUCUAAUAGCAGACAAAGCGUGGACGUUUGACAAAGAAGACCCCUUUCAAAAAUUGAAUCAAUCACUGUGGAUUCAGUAUCAUAAGGUGAGCGUAAAAUAUAAAGAAAAUGUCGAUUAUCGAGCGAAACGCGUCCGUGACGUUAUUCCGGAAUCUCGUUUGGCCAUUUACGGUAAUUACGAGUACAACGAGGAACGUGAAGCCACGUAUAAACCGGAAGACGGGAAAGGAUCUACUCCAUUACGAAAUUUCUGCUGGACGGAAGUUAGCGAGUCGUGGAUGCUACCCGACGUCGAAAAGUACUUCAGCUGGUUAACUUCUCACCGGUCACGCUCGAAUCAUGAAUUGUUAGUUUGCCAUAUUAAUUUUUACAAUAACGUAUACCCCAUUGAAAUUGCAAAACUAACAUUACCAAGUUCGAAAAUUAGAACACCGGAAGUCGACGAUGCAUCGAAAAUCGCGUCCAGUUUUAAAUCAGAUUGGGACGACUUGCAGAAUAAAUACAAGUUGAGCCAAGAAUCGAGAAACGCGUCACGCUUAAGCAAGGAAAUUGAAUCGGAUGCUGGCGAGAAAGCCCAGCAUCAACGAUACACGAUAGAAAAUUCUAUGGAGAUGCAGCUGCACAUUCGCGUAACCAGCGAAGCGGUUCGAAACCUAUGGAAAUUGGGUAGCAACGUUCAUCGACAAUUCGUUCAACAAAGAACACGUUUGCAGUGUUAUCAUCAGUCACAGCAACCUCUCACGAAUCCUCGGGAAAACUGUCUUGGCAAAGAACGUCCACAACAAUUUUAUUAUACUUUUCAAUAUAGACCUCUGAUAUUCAGAACAGAAUAUCAAACUGCGCGUACAGAAACCUAUGGAAUGUCCAGCAAACACUUGCCGCCGGUUUUGAGCCCAGAAGUACCUGAAUUUUUCCCAAAAGUACCCCCCAUUGUCAGAUUAAACAAGGAACAGAAUACUAGUCGACUUCAGUAUUUCCCAUCCCUUAACGAAAGAAGUUAUCAAAAUGAAUUGUUCCCGUAUAAUAGAACUCACGGGAACAUUGGAACUGUGUAUCAGAAUACCGGAAUACCAUUAUUACCAGCUACAGACACAACAACUACGUUUAUCCGACAUCCCCCACAAUGGUACCAAAGAAUGAUACCACCCUCUAGCCAGAUACACAUAUCCAGCUCUACUUCACCACCUCGAAUGUGUACCUCGAUACAACCAUUAAGAGCUACCACCAUUACUCAUCAUCCCUUACAAGUACAAGAAAAAUUUCUGCAACCAAACCCCAUACCGAUACCGGUAUACCAACACCCUAUAGAGCUGUAUCAUGAAACUGGUCAAAAAAGAAAGAACCAAGGUGUUGAUUUUAAAAACCUAAUAUUAUUAACGAAAAACGCGAUGAAAGCUCAUCGUGGUCAAUCGAAACAAUCUCAUGAAAAACCUACCUACGUACUAGAAACUAGAAAUAGAUCAUCUAAAACAGAAUCACAGAUGUUUCGUUGGUUGGAUAAAAGCUGUUCAUCGAAAACAAGAGAGUACGGUUCUAGCAAUACACUGGUUUCUGAAUUGAGUAACUUUGAUGGAAGAAACGAGAGAAGAAGAGCAGCAUCAAGUUCGAGAAGAGAAAAGGAUGGAUCAAAGAAUAACGAACGUUUAAAGACAGAAAUCGGCAUAAUCUCUAAUCAAGAAGGCUCAAGUACGACGAAAUCUAAUAACGAGAGAGAUCAAAAGGAAAUUCGAAACAGAAGAAGACUUUAUAGAGACGUAUUGACGAAUGCUUCGGUGAAUCAAACUAUGUUUGAAAACGUAUUUGAGAAAAGGUACGACGAAUUAGAGAAACAAGCAAUGGAACAGUACAGAAGCUCGGAAGAAUCUUUGGCGCUUAAAUAUCAAGAACUCGAACGUCAAGCGUUGGAACAAUACCGAUGUUGUGGUAACGUACAAGACGAUGACUCGAUGGAUAGUAAACAAAUCAAUGAGGACUCGACGAGAAACGUGAAGGAUGCCAGUUGCUUUGACGGACAAAGGUGUUCUGGUUUUGGAAGGUGUAGUCCUUUGAACGCUGAGGAAAAAGAGGAAAGAGAUUCUUUUUUGCAAAGUCAAGAUAAUGUUGCGCGAACGGAAACUAAAAGGGAACCGGUCAAUUCUGGACGACCCUUGUACGAUACGAGCCCCCGAUCGACUGUCCUCUCGAAAAGUUUUACCGCCAUGUCCGAAAAAAUUUCUUAUGAAUCGAAAAACACAUGUAAGGGUGCAUCAGGUGAUAAAACCGGUAAACACGUUUCAGUGCGAACGUCAUCGAAAAGGCGUCUGAUACUGGUGUCACCCUUCGAAAAAGAAUCAGAGGCUAAACUAACGAGGACAACCGAUCUAGAAGAAUUUUAUUGCAUCGCUCAAGGGAGUAAAAAUAUUUUUGGUUACUAUAAUAAUUCCAAAGUUGGACAAAUCGGGGCUGGAGAUGAAAAUAUUACUUUUAUUCAAUCUCCUAGAACGGAAGUCUGGCUCUCAGGUUUUUGGACGACAUAGAAACUGGACUUCAGGAUAGUCAUUCAAGGAGAUACGAACCUUGUAAGGGCAAUUCAUUGAAAAGAUCAAUUAUUAUAUAAUCCAUGAAGUAAUGUAUUUUUAAAUAUGAUAAUAAAUGCUUCAAUACUGUAUAAUUUA